GAGGUCGCCAAUCACGUUGUCGUUGUAUCGGUCCAGGAGGAAGAGGGGGACACGAAGGAAGAGAGCGGGGUCUUUUGAAAAUCGGCUUCGGUUAUACCAUCACACGAAUGUCGGUGACAGUCGCGCGCGCUCGCGAUCGUGAUACGGAGGUUUCGUUCGUCGGAGUCGUCAUCUCGGAAUUUUUCUCCGCUCGAGCGCAAAUUUUCAAAAUCGUCACUCUCCUCGUAGUCGAUAUUUUCGAGGAGAAAAUAUAUAAUAUAUGUGGAAGAGAAAGAGUGACUAAAAUUUUGAAGAGAGACAUACGAUUCUAAAAGAACGAGAGAUACAGAGAGAUAAAAAAAGACAAGUGUAUCAAGUGUAGCGCACGGAUUAUUUGCUUUAAGCAACAUGGAGCUCAAGGGUCUCAACGGCCGGCUAGCGUUUGCUAUCGCGGCGGCCGCUCUCGGCUCAUCGUUUCAGCAUGGAUACAACACCGGUGUAGUUAAUGCACCUCAACAGCUAAUUGAGGACUGGAUCAAAGACCUGAAGACGAACCGUACGGGUGUUCCGACGGAAAAGACAGAGGUGACGUUAAUCUGGUCGUUGGCGGUAUCGAUAUUUUGCGUCGGUGGAAUGAUAGGCGGUGCUCUGGUGGGCUGGGUAGCGGAUCGCUUCGGCAGAAAAGGCGGUCUGUUGCUGAACAAUAUCCUGGUCCUAGUGACUGUGAUCUUCGAGGGUAGCGCCAAGGCGGCGAAGAGCUAUGAAAUGAUAAUCGUCGGCAGAUUCCUGAUCGGUAUAAACUCCGGAUUGAACGCUGGCUUGGCGCCGAUGUAUCUGGCCGAGAUCUCGCCUGUGCAUCUACGCGGUGCUGUGGGCACCGUCUACCAGUUGGUCAUCACCAUCUCGAUUCUGGUAUCGCAGAUCCUCGGCUUGGAGCAGAUCCUCGGUACCGCCGAGCAAUGGCCGUUGUUGCUGUGCCUGACGAUCGUACCGGCAUUCUUCCAGAUAUGCACGCUACCUCUCUGUCCCGAGAGUCCCAAGUACCUGUUGCUCAACCGCGGCAAGGACAUGGAUGCGCAAAGAGCGCUGUCCUGGUUGCGUGGCACGAUCGAAGUGCAUGACGAGAUGGAAGAAAUGCGAGCAGAGUACGAGUCGGUGAAAUUGGUGCCGAAGGUCACUGUGCGCGAGCUAUUUGUAAAUCCAGCGCUUCGUAUCCCGUUGUUCAUCUCGAUCAUGAUUAUGUUCGCUCAGCAGCUAUCCGGCAUAAAUGCCGUAAUGUUUUUCUCAACGAAGAUCUUCAGGAUGGCGCAACUCGACAAGCAUGCCGCCCAGAACGCCACGAUGGGAGUCGGCGCGAUGAACGUCUUCAUGACCAUCAUCUCUUUGGUGUUGGUAGAGAAGGCAGGCAGAAAAACGCUACUCUUGGUCGGAUUCUUCGGCAUGUUCGUGGAUACCGUUCUACUCGCCAUUUGUCUCGUAUUCGCCGACACAUCGCGAGUGGCAGCAUAUUUCUCAAUUGUGCUUGUCAUCAUGUUUGUCGUUCUCUUCGCCACCGGACCAGGAAGUAUUCCGUGGUUCCUGGUGUCGGAGUUGUUCAAUCAAUCCGCCCGACCACCCGCUACCUCCAUCGCUAUCGCCGUGAACUGGACCGCAAACUUCAUCGUCAGCAUCGGCUUUCUGCCACUGCAAGAGGCACUAGGCGCUUACGUGUUCAUCAUCUUUGCGGUGCUGCAACUGUUCUUCACGAUCUUCAUAUACAAGAAAGUGCCGGAGACGAAGAACAAGACUAUGGAGGAGAUCAGUAGCAUGUUCAGGCAAAUAUCGUAUCAGUGAGGAGUGCAGUCCUCACAGAAAUGGGUAAAAUAUUUUUCAAAAACAAAAUCGGCAGGAAUGAACAAUGAGUGCGUUCGUUCUCUUUUUUUCUUUCUCUGUCUGUGUCGAGGAAUUCAGCGGUUUCGCAAAAGUGGCACACUAUUCUAUGGUCUAUCGAUGUGCUUCCAACAUUCUGCCCAUACGUAAUAUCAAAAUUCACCGGUGCUCGGUGAAUAUUUGUAUGUAAUCACAAUGUGUGCUACGAUGUAUUCGACAUACGUUACAACCCGCAAUCGUGCCAAUAUCUGGUAAUCCGGAAAUCUUAACUUUUUUAUUAUUUAAUUAUUUAACUCUUUUAGCGUUUUAUCUUUAGUUUCUUUAACUCGGAAAUUCCGUUUCACGUCAAGUUAUACGAGCGCGCACAUAAUAUGGUUUUGUCCUGGGGUUUAAAUUGUAUAAACUUACAUAUUAGUCUUAAUUCCUACAUGUUGCGUCCAGCGAAGAAAAAGUCAGAUCGCGAGAAGAACAAUUGAAAUGGCGCGAAACGGCUUAAGAAACAUGAUUCUUUCACGAAGUCUUUUCGAAAAAUGAUUUGUUCCUUUAGGAACAAUAAUAUACGCCAUUAUCUGUACCAGUACGAAAGAUUUUACAGCUCUAGUCAUGAGAAGACCUGUAGACGGAGUAUAAUGUUGGAAGAAUCUUACACGCUGGCUGAUUUUACUUUUAUUGUCGAAUCUCGAAUCGGUUGGUUUUACAUCGACAAAUUCGUAUCACUUCGUUAAAUGAAUUUUUAAUGCGAUAUCGCGCGCAAUUAUAUAUUAUAUUUUCAAGAAAUUAAUAAUGUCUCUCUCUUUCUUGAAUACAAUUGGGAUAUCUUUUAUAGAAUAACGGUUUUAUGAUAAUGAAUUAAAAGUUACGUUCUCACGAUUACUGAAUAAUCGCAUCGCGUUAUUGUUGUAAAAAAAAAUUUAAACCGUUGUUAAAAAGAAUAGAAAUGAUUAUAACGAUGAGCGUAUCAAAUAGCCUUUUUACGAAAUAAUUUAUAAUGGAAAUUUAAAGAAUAUUUUAUUAUACAUAAACUGAAGCGCAAGUUUUAUUCGAACGAGAACGGGAAGAAUGAUGUUUAGGAUAAUUGUAAAUACAGAAAUAUGUAAAGACUAUAGCAUUGUGCAUAGCAUAGGGAAUAAUUAUAUUUAUGCAUGUAGAUUUGAUUAAUGUUUAAGAAUAUAUCAACGUCAUCAUAUUUUUAAAUUAUUUAGAUUAAUUUUAAUAGUAUAUACAUAUAAAAGAAAAUAUGCGAUAUACUAAACGUAACUCAGGAACUUAUGCUGAUCAUAAAUAGCAGAAUGGAUACAAUGUUUUAUUUUUAUGCUGUGUUUCUUCGUGUCUCUCAAAGAAUACUCAUUAAUAAUCCGUUUUAGUAAUAAAACGAUGACAGAUUAUUGUAAAACAAAAAGGAACUAAGUUUAUUUGAUAACACAUUAAAUAAAACAUCGAUUUUUAUCUACUAUGUUAAAAAUAUGUCAUUUGAAAAAGUCUGAUCGAUUAGAAUUUCAGAUUUAUCAUACGUAUGAUUUAAUAUGUUAUUUAAUAUGUUAAUUAUUACGCCCACACACGUAUAUGUAAAAUGUAUUUGAAGUGUAUUAAUCGCAAACGCUAUUUGACUUGUCGCAAAACUGUAAAUAAUAGUUCUCAUCUUUAGUUAAUUGAUUGCUAAUUAUAGUAUAAGUUUUUGCAACGCAGUUAUUAGCAUUUAGGUUUAGAUGAUUCUUUUAUAAAUAAAUGUAUAAACUCUUGCCAAUCAAAAAAAGGAACAGUGUUAGACUCGGUAAUCUAUCAUUCGUACGCAAAGGGUUAUUUACUGGAAUUAUGACAAUUGAUCAAAAUUUCCUCAAUUAUCCUUAUUGAUAUGCCUGCCUAUACAAAAUGUAUCGCAUUAAAUGUUAUAAUUUUUCAAAAUGCGUUACCGUUUUAUAAUACUUGAUGCCCAAUAUUAUCAUGCAAAUAAAAAGGAAUGUCAAGAACAAAACAUA